AGUUCUUCACUACACCUGUAUCCUGUCAUUCUUUCAAGAGCAAAGUCAUCUUCAUUCUCCAGUCCAAAGAUAUGACUAAUUUUAGGCUGCAUUCUUUAGUUGCUAAUGCAAAACAAAUGAUCAGACUGCACAACAAACACCAACCAGACGUUCCGAGAGGAUAUUUGGCUGUGUACGUUGGAGAAAUCCAAAAGAAGCGAUUUGUGGUUCCUUUAUCUUACUUGGAUCAACCAUUGUUUCAAGAUUUGCUACGUAGGUCAGAGGAAGAAUAUGGGUUCAACCAUCCGAUGGGAGGACUUACCAUUCCAUGCCAAGAAAAGGCCUUUAUUGAUCUCACCGCCCUAUUACAAAUUUCAUAGUUUCAGGACAACGAUUUAUCAUCCUCUUACAUUUUUGGCACCAAGUGUUUGUUUAGUUUUUUUUAUGAUCAGAUGUAAUAGGCUGGUUGUAAAUUCUUUUCAAAUUUGUCAUAGGCUAUCAUUAAUUUCUUUUUGCCGGUAACGGUAUGCCACUGGUCAAAUUUCCAUGUGACACGUGCCUUGUAAAAAAACAUUAGCUAAAUACAAUGAUUUAGUGUAGUUUUCAGAUA